AUGAAAUGUAAAAGAACGUACCCGUGCGAUCGCAUCCUCACGUGGAGCGUGGGCACGCUGCAGUACAGCGACGAGGUGCACGUCAUCAGCGAGCUCGCUGCGCUGCCGAAGCACCGCUCGCAGCUGCUGUCUCACCUCGCUACCACCACCUACAUCGGACGGGGCACGAACACCGACUGUGCUCUGUCCACAGCGAGCCAGCAGCUCAUGCUCAGCCGCGACGAGGGACAGAGUGGUCAGUUUCUGGUGGUGGUGACGGACGGGCACCCGCUGGACGGAUACCAGGAGCCAUGCGGGGGCCUUGACCACGCGGCCACGAUGGCCAAGGACCAAGGCAUCAAGCUCUUCGCUGUCGCCAUCUCUCCUGACCACCAGGAGCAGCGGCUGAGUGCCAUCGUGUCGGGGCCCAGGUACAGGAGCAACUUCACAGCCACAAGCAGCAAAGAGUCCGAGAAUGUGAAGACAAUCGAAGAGAUCGUGGACAUCAUCUACGAAGAUAUGGAGGCUAUGUGUUGCUCAUUUGAAUGUGAGCCUCCACGUGGGGAGACUGGGAUACGUGGAGGCAUCGGGGAGCCUGGAAUUGAUGGGAAGAGAGGUCCUCUCGGAGUUUCUGGUGUCAUGGGACAGAAGGGAAUCCCAGGCGAAGAUGGACCCCAGGGUUCCCAGGGUGAGAAGGGAGAACGUGGAAUUCGAGGUCAUAAGGGGGGGAGAGGGCGCCCUGGUAUUAAGGUCAGUGCGUCAUUCUCGUCCAGUUUCAACAAUGCACCCGUAUCAUGA